AUGAAGGAAGAUUAUACUCCUGCCGUUCUAGCAAAACGCAAAGAACUACAGGAAGAAUUUAAACAUAGAAGGUUAUCUGGAGAAAAAGUAAUCCUACGCUACGACAAAAUAGUUACGUUGAAACCUCGCGAACAAGUUACCGGUCCACCCAAAGGGAAAACUUAUAAUAAAAGAUUUCUGUCUGAGUCGCCAGAAGACAAAAACAACUCGAAGGCACUAAAUAGCGCAGAACAAUCAAAACAAGUACCCAAAAAAAAUAAACCUCAGACCAUAACGAGUUACUUGCGACCUUCAUUAUUAAACUCAACACCUAAAGUAUUCUCAAGUUCGGAUUCCCAGGAAAUGCCAAAAAACUAA